AUGCCAUUGAUUAUGGAAGAAGGCAUUAACAUGGACGAUCUCUUCGGCGAGGGCAAUGCCUUGGAUCUGGGGCUGCCUCCGGCACCGGCCCCGCCUCCCAAAGGACUGGCGCAAUGCCUCGAUGAGAUGCGCCUCCUGGGCUGUCGCCAGAAAGUAGCAUGGUCCCGCUUGGGAUGUAUUGCCUAUAUCUCUGCCGACGGGGUGCGGGUGGGUGUGCGCUAUCUUCAAUCCCGACCCUCGGAUGGGAAAUGGGUGUUGAGCGAGGAAUCUCUGCUACACCCUGUCACCGAGGCCCAUAAUGGUAACCUCCUGCUCCAUCUCGCCUGGAACGAGACUGGGGCGGAGCUGGCCGUGACCGACUGCCUCGGACGAGUGUCCAUCUAUUCCAUCUCCAUGGCGCUGAACAGCAUUAAUGGGCUGCGCCAGGCGUCAUUUGACUCCAGUGACGAUAGUAAUCAGAUCGUCGGGUUGAUGUGGUUGAACACGUCCCGCUCGGUUCAUGCUUUUCACCAAGCAGCGAAGGUCAAUGGUCGCUGGGCCUAUUCGCCUUUUCGCCGACGUCCCGUUGGUCCAUUUCAUCCUGCAAACAAAGGCGCUCUGAUCUGUGUCACUCGCGCCGGUCAGAUCAGACUCCUUUAUCAGAACCCACCGGACAGCAGGUGGCAUGAGCUGCCUGCGGAGCUGAAGAACACCGGCUAUUCAGAUCGACUGCUGACCCACGCUGCCAUGGUGGCCACCCAAGGCGGAAUUCUGCUGGCAACCCAUUCAGUAUGCCAGAAAAUCUGUCUCUACCGAAUAAUGAUAACCUGGAACCCACCGACGUUUGAUAUGGCUCAGGCCAAACAGUCGAGUCAAUACCCUAUCCCCUCAUUCCACAUCAGCCACUGCAAGGUCGACAUGCCAAGCACUAUCCUGAACGUGAAUCGUGGUGCUGACGUCCAAACCGAUCAAUCCAUGCCUUUUCCUAAUUCCCUGUACUCCUUGACUCGACUGGAGAUCACCCCAGGCCAGGCCGAUAGCCCCGCCGGGUCCACGGCCAGCCUGUGGAUUAUGGCCGUCUUUUCAAAGCCCCUCCAUGCCACCCCCGAAUAUCCGGACCAACAGGGCCCGCCAAGCGUAAUUGUCCGAUGGCAGUUAGAGUCCGCGCCACAGGCCUUCCAUCCCAAGUUUGACGAGGUUGCCACCAAGAAGAAUAAUGCUCAAGCUAAGCCGAAGGCAGAGAUGCGGCGACUCGAGGACAUUCACUGUGACAAAUAUAUCGUCUCAGUGGACCUGGUGGAGCAUGGUACUGCGUUGGCCAUUACCCAUGACGAUAGCUCUAUAUCGUUCUACGACACGAGAACCAUGGCUCUCUUCAAUGGUUUAGACGAUGCCAGCACAGUCACCUGUUUGGCCCAGGCAGGGUUUCAUUAUCCCAUAGACACGCCUGGACUAUCAAUAAGCUUCUCGCCAAACUCAGCAGCGGCCGUUGCACUGGAUAGUGAGGGACAGCCUCGACUUCGAUGGAUGGAGCACACCUUUGGAUCUGCAGGCGGCCUUUACGAUGAGAGUAAAUUUGCGGCUGCCAUUGCGGCAUUGACGCUUGCUUUUAGCCGUGGAUCUGGUGGAGAUAUCAACACCGAUGACAUCGUGAUGGUGGCGCUGAAGCAACUGUCGACCGAAGCGCAUGCCGCAUUCAUUAGCGAGAUCUACCGUGCCUUGCCCGUCAACUGCAACUUCAGCGCGGACCAGGAGAAACUGAUGUCACAUCCUUAUGUGCCGCGCUGUCUUAGUCUUCAGGCUACCCUGGGCUUUAAAGGACGACUUCAGACCCGUCGAAUCUCGUCUGCCGUCCCCUGGGCCGUGCUGCAGUUCCGCCACACUGCAAUGCUCUGCGUAUAUUUCUUCCAGAAUGCUAAAGGAGUACAAGGCGAAACCUUUGACCCCGACAUUCUCCGUAUGCUUCUAGGAAAUACGAAAUGGGCGCUUGAUUUCUCGUUCUUCAUCCUCAGCGGAAUUUUCGAUCUGGCGGAUGAAUUUGAUAGUGUGUCCACAGACCAAGAGGCCUUCAACCAGAAAUUGAAAACCACAUCCUCCCUCCCCCUCAUCAUCCUCCUCUCAGGCAUGUCUCGCGCCUUUCUCCGCCUUGUCUGUCGCGGGCUGCGCGGCGUCCAAACCAGCUUCACUAGCCUCAACCCUGUCUCUUUCUCCCGCGACUCCCGUAUCUACUAUACCGAAAUCUGCCAAACACUCGACAAAUCGCCCGUCCGCAUCGACAAGUUUGAGAAGUUUCUGGCGGGUGUCGACUCCGCCGUGAAGCACGCUUACCAAAAUGCCGGCUUCGGAGACGCCGAAAAGCCCAGCGCUGAGAAGGAACUCCUGCUCAACGCGCGCAUCCCACCCGUCCUCGUCCCGGCCGUCCAUACCCUCCUCCUUCAAACAGUCCCCACCACCAAGGCCGAAAUAAACUGCAAGCACAUCGUCCUCGGCGAUUACAGCUGGCUCGGUCUCGGGUCCGACGCCCGAACCCUCAUGUACCGCCGCCGCCGGGAAGUCGAUAUCUUGAAGAAGACCCCACUCCGGCCGCUUCUGCCGCCGGACCGUGCCACCCAGACGCAAAAGCGGCGGCGUUGCGUUCGGUGCUGCGAGGUCUCGGGAGAGACCGUCUUUCCCCGGUCGAUUCCGUAUUUCAAGAUGAUUGCGAAGUUGAAUAUGCUGCGCACCUGUCCUUGCGGCGGGGUGUGGAUCAUGGAGUGUACGGAGCCGACGGCAGCGCAGGGACCAGAGGAUUUGGCGCAGGGAGCUUCGGCGCCACCAGGGAUGCCGGGUUCGGUGGCAGUUGCCGUGGGCUCGGGGUAG